UUCAGCUUUUGUAAACAAUUACGAAAUAUUAAUUAAAGUAAAACAAUUAAAUACAUAUCUGUCAUUAAAAUUUUUUAUUGAAAUUUUGUAAUAAUUCAAAUAAAAUGUUUUCAAAACAGCUGUCUUUAUCAACAACAAUUCCCUCAAAAUCUACAAAUCCAUUUUUUAUAUUUCUACAUGAAUUUCGUCAGACUUUAAAAGAAAAUUCCUCUGGAUCCACUGAAAAAGUAACAACAAUUGCUAAAAUGGCAGGAGAGAAAUGGAGGCAAAUGUCUAAUAAUGAUAAAUUACUAUAUUUUGUAUGGGCUCGUAAAAAUCAACAGCAAAAAUUUUAUGAAAUUAAAAAAUAUCAAAAUAAAGUCAAGAAGAACAUUAGAAUGCUGAGGAAGCCAAUGAAAAGUAUUAACAGUUUUCUAUGCUAUUAAGAUAAAGGAAUGCAAAUAACAUCCCAAGUCAUACUCGGCCAAAGAUUGUCAACCCAGCGACAGCUGUAUUAAUCGAAAGUUUUUUCCACAGAAAGAACUAUUGGCCACAGUCGAACUGUUACAACAACAAUUACCUUAUUAAACGAUCAUUAAGAAGAUUUUACUAUCGAUUUCUAUAUAUCAAAAUGUAUUUUAGUAAUUUGUCUUCGAAUAGCAAUAAUCCACAAAUUAUAAAUGAAAAUAAUAAGUGCGAGUUUUUUUGAUAA